AUGGAUCUUAAAACAGCUUUCCUAAAUGGAGAUAUGGAGGAGGAAAUCUACAUGGAGCAACCCCUUGGUGCUAGUAUAGAUGCCAUAAAUGAAACUAAGAACUUCUUGUCCUCCAAAUUUGAGAUGAAAGACUUGGGUGAGGUUGAUGUGAUACUUGGAGUGAGAGUCACCAAAAUCGACAAGGGAUACAUGUUAUCUCAAACUCAUUAUGUGGAGAAGAUCUUGAAGAAGUUUGAUUGCUUUGAUGUGGCGCCCUUGAGGACGUUGUGUGAUCCGAACAAACAUCUAUUCAAUAAUAAUGGAACGAGUGUUUCUCAAGAGGAAUAUGCCAAGGUGAUUGGUAUUCUUAUGUUUCCGAUGAAUUGCACAAGACCUGAUAUUUCUUUUGGAGUGAGUUGUCUUAUUUGUUAUACCCAUAAUCCAAGUGGGGAGCAUUAUAAUUCUCUCAAACAUCUAUUGAGAUACAUUAGAGGCUCCAUGGAAUGA